AUGCUCUUCGGGACUGUCUGUGCCGUUGUCGCACUUGCCAUCAGUCCAGGGUGCGCGAAGCCCUCGGCAUCGUUUCUCAAGCGACGAAGGCUCGAAGCCGAUGCUUCCAAGGCGUCACAGGUAAAACAAGCCUUCCGCACGGCAUGGAAUGGGUACUAUGAACACGCCUUCCCUCACGAUACUCUGUUGCCGCUCACCGGCGGUAAUUCGGACGACAGGAACGGAUUGGGUGUCACCGCCAUUGACGCUCUGAGCACCGCGGUGGUGAUGGAAGAGAAAGCCAUUGUCGACCAGAUUCUCAACUACACGGCCACCAUUGACUUUUCCACCACCAAGGAAGCGAACUCGUCAAUCUCCCUGUUCGAAACAAACAUUCGGUACCUCGGUGGACUGAUCGCCGCCUUCGACUUGUUAAAAGGUCCCAUGAGCAACCUUGUCGACGACGACAACUCGGAGUUGGUCGAAGCUCUCCUCACGCAGGCCACGACGCUCGCCGACAGCCUCAGCAUUGCCUUUGACACACCGACCGGCAUCCCUGAUGACUCGGUUUUUCUCAACCCUACCCGUCGAAUCGGGGGCUCAGCCACCAACGGUCCGGCAGGGUUCGGCACAUUGGUCCUCGAAUGGACACGCUUGAGUGAUCUCACGGGCAACAAGACUUACGCGCAGCUUGCCCAGAGAGCCCAACUCUACCUCAUGAGCCCUACCGGCGAGCCCGAGCCCUACCCUGGCCUGAUCGGAUAUACUGUCAACAUCAAGGAUGGCAAGUUCCAAGAUCAGAGUGGCGGGUGGGGAGGCGGCACCGACAGCUUCUACGAAUAUCUCAUCAAGAUGUACCUGUACGACCCAGCCGAGUUUUCUUACUACAAAGACCGCUGGGUGACGGCUGCCGAAUCGACCAUGCAGCACCUUGCCUCGCACCCCAGCACCCGGCCCGACCUGACGUUCCUGGCGCAAUAUAACGGAAAGAACAUCAACAACUGGUCCGGCCACUUGGCAUCCUUUGCCGGCGGCAACUUCAUCCUAGCCGGCGUCUUGCUCGGUGAAGCCAGGUACAUCGAAUUUGGCCUCGACCUGGCGUCGUCGUACUAUGAGACGUACCGGCGGACGCCAGCCCGCAUCGGUCCCGAAGGGUUCCAAUGGGUCGCUGCCGACGACGGGCGCAGCGCACCCAAGGAGCAGGCCGACUUCUACAAUAAAGCCGGGUUCUGGUCCAUCUCCGGCGGAUACGUCCUCCGGCCCGAGACUAUAGAGAGCCUAUACUACGCGUACCGCGUGACCGGCGACCAAAAGUACAGGGACAUGGUCUGGAAAGCCUUCAGCGCCGUCCGUGACUUGUGUGCAGGCGGGUACGGCUUCUCCGGACUCAAGGAUGUGAUGCGGGAGGAUGGCGGGGGCCAAGAUGACUUUCAGCAGAGCUUUUUCCUUGCCGAGACACUCAAGUACUCGUAUCUCACGUUUGCGCGCGAUUCCGCGGUGCAGUUCCAGGCAAGGGGCGGGAACGAGUUUGUGUUCAACACGGAGGCCCAUCCGUUCCGGGUGCGCCAGUAG